AGCAUGAAGAGGGCUGCAAUGGCUUCAGAUCCCGGGCUCUCCGGAUCCAAGCAGCAUGUCAUCAGGGUCACCUACCUGCUGGCAGCCCUGGACAUCUCCUGUCUGUUCAUGCAAUUUGCAGUCACCCCGUAUCUGGCGAAGAACCUGGGCUUGGACACUGUAGGUUUUGGCUACCUACAGACAUUUUUCGGAAUCCUUCAGCUGGUGGGAGGUCCAAUUUUUGGCAGGUUUUCGGAUCAAUAUGGCGCUCGUGCCGCCCUCACCCUCUCCUUCCUGUCCAGCUCCAUCUAUUACCUGAUCCUGGCAUUCACCACCAACAUACCCUUACUGUUCCUGUCUCGCCUGCCGUCUGUCUUCAUGCACGGCCUGCCAGGGGCUCAGAUGAUCGUCACUGACCUGACGACGGCCGAGGAACGAGCCGGCUCUCUGGGAAAACUUGGACUCUGCUUUGGAACAGGGAUGAUCAUUGGGUCUUCACUGGGAGGAUACUUGGCCACCAGAUUUGGGCUGUCCACGCCCUCCUUCAUCGCCCUGGCUGCCAGUCUCGUCUGCUGUGUCAUCGUUUUCAUUUACAUACCGGUACAAACCAAAAAAUCGCAAGGCAAGCCCGCCGCCGAACAAAGUAGACCCAAGUCCACCAGCGUCUUCAGCCUCGGGGAACUGCUCAGGCUCUUGAACUAUCCCGGGGUGCUGCCGGUGUUCAUAGUGAAGGUCGUCUCGGCAUUCCCAAUUGGUGUCUUCAUGCUCAUGUUCCCCAUCAUUUCCGUUGACUUCUUUGGCCUUAAUGCCGCGACAGCCGGAUAUUUAAUGUCCUAUUUUGGGAUUAUGCAGCUGGUUGUCCAGGGAUUUAUGGUUGGACGGUUAACUAGCUGGCUUUCAGACGAGACACUACUGAUACUAUGUAUGGUGGUUUCUAUAGGGGUCGGACUGGGUCUGGUGGUGAUGACGGGGGUUAUCCAUUUCUGCAUCAUCGCCCUUCCGAUGAUUUUCUUCCUCUGCGUCUCCGGAGUCAUCACUGACAGCAUCUUAACCAAAGCCGUCCCUCCAUCUGAAACCGGUGCCAUGCUUGGGAUCUGCGCUUCAAUCCAACCUCUUACACGGACCAUCGGCCCCACCAUUGCAGGAUAUCUAUACAAGCACUAUGGAGUCCCGUCGUUUGGCCUCUUUAACAUUAUAGUUAGUCUGUUAUUAUUAAUGUACCUUGUCAACAACCGGAACAGUCGCAAAGUGGAGAAAGCUAAAUAA